UUUUAUUUUAUGUUUUUUUUUGGUAGUAUAUAACUUUUAACAUUAGGUACAUACAACAUAAUUAAAAGCCGGUAAUUAUUUUUAAGUUCAAAUAGCAAAAAAAUGUUUAUAAUUGCCCCUUGAACAUUAAUUUAAGUUUUUCCCCAACAAAAUUAUCUUCAUCAUUAAACUACACGUGGAAAUCUUAUCAUUUAGUUUAUGUUUCUUCUCAUCUCUUUUAUAUUAUUUGUCAAUAAAAAUGAUUAAUGAUACAAGAUCAUAGUAUGCUGCUUAAUGAUUCCACGUGUUUUUUCAUACUUAAAGAUUUUCUAAAAAUAAUUUUUCAAAUAAGAAAAACUUCAUAAUUUUUAUUUCCGUUUUUUUUACAAUAAUUGCGUAAACAUUUGUCGCAAACAAAGCAUAAUAAAAAAUGUGCAUAAAUAAAUAAUUGCAAAUAAUUUCCCACAAAUUGUCGACAGUGUAAAAUAAAACUAUGUCGAUUGUAAGUUUUUUCAAUGAAGUGUAUAAUGUCGAGAGUGUGUAAAUGUGAAUUAAGCAGCAGUGAGGUUUUGCCAGAGAAACUAUUAGUUGUUGGUAGUCAGUAUCUCGUGACGAGUAGUUCGUGAUGGAUGAGGAAACAUCCGAGAAUUUUGCUAUUAACUUCUCAAAUCUCCGGUACAGCGUCAAUGUGCGCGGCUGGAAGACGGGGAUGUGUCGAGGGCAGGAAAAAGUCAUCCUAAAUGGUGUGAGUGGGUGUUUCAAGAGUGGCCAAUUGGCUGUUAUUAUGGGUGCAUCGGGUACUGGGAAGACGUCCCUGCUCAAUAUUCUAGCUGGUGCUGUCAAGAGUGGCUUUUCAGGUGAUAUUUCUGUGAUAAAAAAUGGUAAAGUGAGCAGAAGCAUCAAUUCCGUGUACAUUCUUCAAGACUGUGUUCUUGCAUCAGCAUUGACGGUCAAUGAGGCCAUGAACUUUGCGUUCUAUUUCCAAUGUGGCAUCAUAAAAUCCACCGAUUGUCAGGAAAUCAUUGAUGGCAUUCUCGAAGCAUUGAACCUUGGUGAUGGGAAAUUUGUGAUGUGCUCAGAAUUGUCAGGGGGUGAAAAGAAGCGUUUAACGAUAGCUUUGGAAAUGAUACGAAAUCCCACCGUGAUGUAUUUCGAUGAACCCACCAGUGGACUUGACUAUUCCACGUCGAUUCAGUGCAUGAAAGUGCUGAAGAAGUUGGCCAAGGACGGUCGUGUUGUAGUUGCCACUGUUCACCAACCAGCCCCUCUUAUUCUGCACGAGUGCGACCAACUCUAUAUCUUAGCGGCUGGGCAGUGCAUCUACACCGGACAGUACGAUGGCAUUGUUGAGCACCUCAGGCACUCCCAUGGAAUUGUGUGUCCCCAGACGUACAAUCCCGCGGAAUUUCUACUUGAAAUUGCAUCCGAUGCAUACGACAAUGAUUGGAAGAGUCGCCUUCUGGCCACACAAGUACCCGCACUUCCUGAGGCGUCAGCACCAAAGAUUAAUUUAAGAUGCCAAUCUCACAUCUCAAGUGGUUUCCUCCACCAAUUGGUCGGUCUAGUGAAGCGAAGAUCCCUAAUUACAUAUCGUGACAUCUCGUUAAUUGGAAUGAGGAGUGUGGUUCACAUUCUCUGCAUCAUAAUUGUUUGCAUCAUGUACUGGGACGUUGGUCGUGAGGCGGAAAAUGUUCUCAACAACCUGCGGUACGUUCUCUAUACAUUCAGCUACUUCUCUUUUGUGUCACACUCUGCCAGUUUCUCAGUGAUACCACGAGAAAUUCCAAUAGUCAAGAGGGAACACUUCAAUGGAUGGUACUCCAUUCUACCCUACUAUCUCUCGCUGGCCAUUGUGGACCUCCCACUUCACGUAAUUGCAGCAACUCUCUAUAGUUUUGUUACAUAUUGGGUCACAUCCCAGCCUAUGGAACUACAGCGAGUCAUCAUUUUUACUAUUGCAUGCAUUGCCCUUGUGGUUACAGCUUACUGCAUUGGAUUCACCACAGGAUUCAUAUUUAAUGUGCAGAAUGCUUCAAUUCUUGGACAAGUCUACAUGGUAGCCUUUUAUGUUGCUUGUGGCAGCUUCAUUACGCAACGAGAUGCUCCAUCGUAUCUUCAUUGGUUAUUCGAUGUUUCCUUCAUACGACAUGGACACAACACCCUAUUUGUCGCACUGUACGGACUGAAUAGGACAAAGUUACCAUGCAAUGAGAUAUACUGCCACCACGCGAAUCCUCGAAAGAUUCUGCACACAAUAGAUGUUGAUGACUCAAAUGGAUGGUCAGAUAUUCUCAAGUUGCUCUAUUUGUUGCUUUUCUUCCUUGUUUUGGGGUAUUUUGUGGCCCGAAGGAGAAUCCUCAAUGUGACGAGGAAAUAAAGUAAAUUGUAUUGAAA